CGUGCUCUUAUUCUGAAAGUCAGGCCGGACAUCCGUGUUUACUUUAGCUCUUGCUCAGGCUGUUCGUUGGUGGCUCCGUGUGGUUUUUAACACCCAGCUCCGCUACAAGCCGGGUUCGUCUCAGGGAGGUUUCACUCGCCGUCGCCAGGAGGAGUCAGCUCGCGUUCCGGUCGGCACAAACAGCAACACGGCGGUUAUGUCUGCGGUUCGGACCCCGAGUGGAGACUUCUCGUUAAGCUGCCGUAGCCGUUAGCUCGCUGCUUUGGGUCCGCUGAGUUGUAGCUACAACAGGCUUUUUGUUCUUAUCCCGGACAGCCUCUGCAUGACAAACCGUCCCCACUGUUCAGAGCGGACAGGGCGGUAGUACAGCGGCUGCUUUAUUGGGAAACGUGUCAGGGAGACCAGCCCCCACCCCUCCUCGUCACCACCACCACUACCCUCCCAGGUUGUGAACCCCUGCCGCGGGGCUAACACCCCCGGUCAUCGAGCGAAUUCAUGGCCGGAAAUCCGAGGAGGGGCGCCGGACUCAUCGGGCUAAUGAAGGACGCCUUUCAGCCCCACCAGCAGCCUCUGCAGCCUCACCAGCCCGCUGUGGUCGAUAAGAAAAUGGUGGAGAAAUGCUGGAAGCUCAUGGAUAAGGUGGUGCGUUUGUGCCAGAACCCCAAAGUGGCGCUGAAGAACAGCCCACCCUACAUCCUGGACCUGCUGCCGGACACCUACCAGCACUUGCGCACCAUCCUGUCGAGGUACGAGGGCAAGAUGGAGAUCCUUGGGGAGAACGAGUAUUUCCGGGUGGUCAUCGACAACCUCACAAACAAGACGAAGCAGACCAUGAGCCUGUUCAAGGAGGCCAAAGAGCGGAUGUACGAGGAGAACUCCCAGGCCAGGAGGAACCUGACCAAGCUGUCUCUGAUCUUCAGUCACAUGCUGGCUGAGCUGAAGGCCAUCUUUCCCAAUGGCCUGUUUCAAGGGGACAACUUCCGGAUUACCAAAGCUGACGCCGCUGAAUUUUGGAGAAGGUCAUUCGGAGACAAAACCAUUGUGCCCUGGAGGAUGUUCCGCCAGGCUCUGCAUGAGUUUCACCCCAUAAGUUCUGGUUUGGAAGCCAUGGCGCUGAAGUCCACCAUCGACCUAACCUGCAACGACUACAUAUCUGUUUUUGAGUUCGACAUCUUCACUAGACUCUUUCAGCCAUGGUUGUCUCUUCUGAGAAACUGGAACAGCCUAGCAGUCACACAUCCUGGCUACAUGGCCUUCCUAACGUACGACGAAGUCAAGGCUCGACUGCAGAGAUUCAUCCACAAACCUGGCAGCUACAUCUUCCGGCUGAGCUGCACUCGGCUGGGACAGUGGGCGAUCGGCUACGUGACAGCCGACGGGAACAUCCUGCAGACCAUUCCUCACAAUAAACCCCUUUUCCAAGCCCUCAUCGAUGGAUACAGAGAGGGAUUCUAUCUUUUCCCAGACGGACGUGCACAGAACCCAGACCUGACGGGGCUGUGUGAGCCUUCUCCUCAGGACCACAUCAAAGUUACUCAGGAGCAGUACGAGCUGUACUGUGAGAUGGGAUCCACCUUCCAGCUCUGCAAGAUCUGCGCUGAAAACGACAAAGACGUGAAGAUUGAGCCCUGCAGACACCUGAUGUGCACUUCCUGUCUGACCGCCUGGCAGGAGUCAGAGGGUCAAGGCUGCCCAUUCUGCCGCUGUGAGAUCAAAGGCACGGAGCCCAUCGUGGUGGACCCCUUCCAUCCCAAGGCCAGCGGGGCUUCCUUCGCCGGCUUCCAGGGCUCCAGCCGAGCUGAAGCAGCAGCAAACGAUGAGGAAGAGGACGACCGUCUGGAGGACCAGCAUUUGGUGAUGAGCAGGCUGGCCUGCAGUAGUAAGGUGGAACGUCCGGCGUCUCCGGUCUCUCAGCUGCCUCCGGUGCCUCCACGGCUGGACUUGCUGCAGCAGAGGUCCGUGCUGAGUCAGGGUGCCACAGCCAAGGUUGCGGUCACUCACAGAGACAAGCCUCUGCCUCCGCCCCCUGCUGUGAGGGAGCUUCCCCCUCCCCCCCCUCCAGAGCGACCUUCGGUCCCCGUCCAGGACCCCAGGCUGCAGAGGAGACCGCUGCCUUCCACCCCUGAGCAGCCCGCUUGGACGGUCAACUACAUGGUUCCUCGGCCCGCCACCAAGGCCUCCCUCCCCCAGAGCAGCGGCACCAACGGGGAGGGCACCAGGCCCCAGGCAGCCACCAACGCCAUCUACUGCCUGGCCGCCAGGUCUCUGUCUUCAUCGGCGGCCUCAGCUGGAGAAAAGCCAUCGUCAGACGGUGAGGAGAACGAGUACAUGAGUCCCACCUCCCUGCCGGUUUCUGGCGCCCCUUGGGUCAUCGCGGGCUCCUUGGUGCCCCCCCCUCCUGCCCAGACAAACAACCACAAUGACGUCAGUGAGGGGGGCGACGACGACUCUGAUGACCCUCAAGUGUACGAAUCCAUGUUCAACAUUCAGAGUCAGGCCAGCUCCUCUGACACAACGCAGGCCUCUGAUCUGGAACUCGACCAGCUUCAAGCUGCAGCCUCCCAGGACAAAAAGGAAGACAGUGAAGCGGAGGACAUCUACGAGUUCGACCGUCCCCGCCCUGUGGCACCCCCAGCCCCCACCCGGCGGAUCCUGUCUGAAGUCAGCUGUCCCUCCGCAGCCUUCAGCUCACUCAGCAUGGAUGCUUCAGUAGAAGCCGAAGCGCUUGCCGAGUCGGACCGGCCGCCCCGGCCCCUCCCACGCAGAACCAACUCCGACCGCUGCCCUCGACCUUUCAACCGCGACCUUUCCGCUCCGCUGCCCGAACUCCCCGGUCCAUCCUGCGCCUCGCAGCUUCCUCCUCCUCUCCCUCCCCCUCCACCGCCUGCAGCCACCGCCACCGUCAGCGCUGGCAACCAGGCCCUGAACGGCGAGAUCGAAUGUCUGAUAUCCCAAGGCUACUCCAUGCAGGACAUCCAGAAAGCGCUGAUGAUCGCCCAGAACAACCUGGAGACGGCCAAAAACAUCCUGCGUGAGUUCGUCUCUGUCCCCUCCACGACCCACAUCGCCACAUAGUCACUCAGGUCCUGCUGCCCCCCCCACCCACCCACCCACACCCCUGAAUCCGCUUUGUGCCAUUAUUGUGGACAGCAUUUACCGAGCACUUUUCCAUGGGAAAACACCAGAUCUGAGAAAAAACAUCCAAAGUUAAUUGUAAUCAACUGCGUCAGGUAUUAUUUGCUUUUCUAAAAGGAUUUUAGGUGUGAAAACAGGAUUCUUUUUUUUUUUUUUUGUGAUGGAUCCUGAAGCCUCAACAGUUACUCUACGCCGCCCCCAGCUGGAAAUGGAAGGAACUGGAUUUCCCAUCAGCUGAUUGGUUCAUCUCUUUCGGCUUAAAUGAUCUGGAGCUUCGUGAAGCCAAACUUUCAUCAUGUCGCUGUUUAGUUCGCUGCUUCUCUGCAAACUGUGAUGUGCAAAUCUGUAACUAAUCAGAAAUUAGUGAGUAGAAGUCUGUGGCUUGUGCUGCAGGGUUGUGGCUCCGUUUCCCAUCACCUUCUGGGUCAACAAGUACUUUAAUCUUUAAGUACUCUCCUGACAUGUUGUACUGUGUGUAGAACUAACAAUAGUGGAAAUUAAUCCCAUUUUAAUUCUGUUUGUCUAACAUUUUCCAGUUUAUUUUGUGGAAAAUCGGGCAACAGUGUCUCUACAGUCAGAUAUUUUUCAGCGUGUCAGCUGUAGGAACAGUCAUCUUAUUCGACUUUCAACCAGAUGAAGUCAGAUGCUGUAAGUCUGGACGUAAACAAUGGCUGAAAAUUAUAAUGAUGAAAUUAUGAAAGCCGUCUGUGUCAGCGAAACGCAUCGCGUCACAACCCGCCACUUUUAGUUCCGACCUCACAUCCACACAGAGCUGAGCUCUUGUUGCGUUCUCAUGACGACCCGGUCCACUCUGAAGAACUUUAAAGUUGAUCGGUAGACGGCGGCCAUUUUUACUGCCGUAAGCAGAGCGCUGCUGUGUGACACAAGUAAAACCAAGAUAAAAAUCACAAAGUGCUUCAAUAAACAGAAUAAGUACACAAAGCAAAAUUAAGCAACAGCAGAUUUAGAUAAGUCACUUCGGGUCGUCACAAUUGCGUUUAAUUAGCAGCCAGCAGGUCUUUUUUCAGUAAAUAAAGAGGCAGAGCUGGCCUUUACAUCCUGCAGGUCCGCUUCAAAUGGUUUCCGUUUCAGCUGCUUUAUGUCCAAACAUUUCCUAGAAUAAUAGGACGGGUCCGGUCCUACAUAAACGCCCUGUCCCCAACUGAUCUACCUCACCAGGCUCCGAAUCCCCAAGCAGAUUAUGGACUGAUUAGAAACCUGGAUGCGUUCCUGACUGACGCUCGAACAUUCAUACAUUUCCACUCACAGGCAGCAGAUGAGUCCCACAUGUCAAUGACCCACAAAUAUCCACAGAGAAGCUCCCACUCUGUCUGCAGAGUGAAAAUGGAGAGACGAAGCGAACAGUAAAGCUGAUAGGAAGGACAGGCCCAUAUCUAGUCCAAUACUCUAUUAAAGUUAAAUUUGUGUUAUGGAUUUUACUAACACUGAAGGUUAGUAAAAUAAUGCACCACAGCUCCAACAUGGAUUAAUGAAGAUAAUCUCCCCUUAAAUCACCACAACUUUAUCAUUUAUUGCUAAGCUUGUGUCUGACUCGACUCACCCAACGUUGACCUUUGAAAAUGAUCCUUUUCUGUCCUAAAAGUUUCUCUGAGUACCUUUCAAUGACAUCAGAUACGUUCGCUUCAGGCUUGUCGUGUAAAAAGAAUCAGCAUCAUGAUAGUGUUUCCUACAAGUCAGCAUCCAGCACAACACUAAGCUAGGCUAAUGCUAGCAUGUGUUCUCUCUUCUGAUGCGAUUCCUUGAAAAUUCCGGCUUUCAACUUGGCUCCAGUUAAUCGAGUGCAAAUGAAACUCUUUGGAAAAGGAUGUUUUCAGCUUCAUGACUUCAGCGCUCUGCAUUGAGAGACUUUAGCAACCAGCAUUUGACCAGAGUCUUUGGAGUUGGACGUGCAGAAGGCUGACCGGGGCAGAUCCAGGGGGACAGUGCAGCUGUGCUUUGCUUCGCAGGCCUUUCAGCUGCUGCAGUUGAUUCAGAGUUUUGAAUUCAAUUCAGUUUUACUGCAAAAGCAGAAAAUCUCACCAACUAUUUUUGGUCUCGUUUCCACUGCAAAUGUCUUGCUGCACUUGAAAUAAGACAAAACUAAAACUUUACUGCAAGAUGUGGGAGUUUAUUGAAAGUAAAUCAUUCUAAAAAUAGUAGUUCCACUGGCAGAUUUUUUUUCACUUGGAACAUUGGAAAAUGUCGUUAUAAAUGAAAGAAUCUGCCAGUAGAACAAGCAAAUUUUUUAAGCGGAAUUAAACAAUUAUUUAUUUAAAACAAUCUCUUAUAUCUGGUUGAAAUAACAUAUUUGCAGUACAAACUAGAGCAAAAAUACUUUGUAUGUAACAUUUAGUUUUUGCAGUGUCAUCGGCUUAUAUUAGAAACAAACUUCAUGACAUGAUCUGUGGUAAAUAGAACAGGUUAUGGCAUUUCUAUCUGAACAAGGUUUUAUUAAAGGAGCCGCUGCUGUUUUAGCAUCAAAACAUCCCUGAAGAACCGUUUUCAUGCUGCACCGAGUGACUAGAGCCACCAGACGUCCAAGUCGCAUUGAAAGCCUGAAUGCAGGUUAUUUAAAUCGUUUGCUAACAUCUGUAGCAGUUCUGCAGACACUGCAGUAAUAAUAAAUGUGCAGCAUUUUGUGCAGCCCUGGUUUUAAUGUGAUCUCACCAUCCGCUCUGACUCGAAGUCAUUCCACAUGAAUGUGCAAAUGUUUUAUUACGCUUUAUUGUUUUUAUUAGAUUGUAGGGAGGAGCAUUCCAAAAUGUUUCUGCAAUAUUGACAUUUCUGCCCAACAUAAAGCCCCAGUUUGACAUAUUUAAGGUCAUAUUUACAUUUUGUUGCGGCUUCAUCCUUUCUUCUGUUUGGAGCAGCCAUCUGCAAGGCUUCAUGGGUAGUGGCUCAGAUGGUCAACAAUUUAUUGUUUAUUUAUUCUUUUUUUUUGUGAAUUUCAAAAUUGUUCAACUGAAAAUUUUAGAAAAAAUAACUUGAAAAAAGACUUAAAUUUACUUCUAUUGUAUAUUAUUUUUUAAAUGCCAUAGUAGCAUCUUUAUUAAGCAUUAAGGUGGAGAAAAAGUGACUUAAAAAGCUUUGAACUUGUUCUCAGGUGUGUGAAUCCUCUAGUAUGAAUUGAGCCACUGGGAUCUGAGGAUUUCUAGGUGGCGCCAGAGCACAAGCAUCACGCAUUUUAAUUUUUUGUGAAUAUGAAAAGUCCAGGGUUCCAGUCUGUCUGAGUGAACUCACGCCAUGGUUAGUAAAAUUAGAUUUAAUACCAACCAGAAACUGACUAAGGAUGUUUUCUUGUGACCCCUGCUGGUGGUUGGGAAGAAUGCAGACUUUAAGUUUAAAUUUAGCAAAUCUGUGGGUCAAAUUUAAAAAGGUCAAAAUAUACUUUUUCCCACUACAAAGUAAUAUAAAUGGACAGAGGCGUAAAAAGAGAAUGUUGAUACAAAGGAGGCAUUUAAAUGGGAAAAAUUACAUCACAGUAGCUGCGUUUCCAUCGACCAUGUAGUUAAUUGGGAUAUGAAAAAUACAUUAGAUAAAUGGAAGUAUGGCAAUUAAAAAAAAAAAAGUUUUACGGCCAAGAAUUUAUGGAUGCUCACCGUAUCAAAAUGUGUUUCACAAAUUUGAAAUGGAAACACUUUUUACGCAUCACGAGUUCAGCAACCAGAUGUUACUACUGGCAGAAAAGGCGAAGAAGACAAGAGGAAGCUGCUGGAGGAUGAUGGAUGGCUUUUUAUCAUGUGAACAAGCUUAUUCACGUUUGAUUUUAAUAGUUUCUUUAAUGAAAACACAGCCACUGCGAAAUGUUUUUUUUUUUAUAUUAGCAGAACAUCAACAGUGUUUUGUCUGGACUUGUGAUGGAAACGCAGCUACUGUCAUCAGCCUCUUUUCUCUGCUAUGAACAAGUAUUUACAUCCAUAUGGAUUUUGUUCAGCUUCAUCAAUCAUGAUGUCAGACAAAGAAAACCAGAAAAUGCAAAAUUCAAUUUUCAUGUAUUAAAGAAAAGCUGAUUUAUUUGUCAUUAAGCUUAUUUUUUUAUGAACUCUGCAGGAUAAAUACAUCAAAUUUGUGGGCUAAAUGUCCUGAAAUCCUUGGUAAAAAUACUUCAUGAUAUAAAAUUGUGUAAGCAGAAGGCGGCUCAAGUGUCCUUUUCUCUACACUGAGGUCCAAACUGGUUUCAGUGGGAGAAGGUGAAUUAUUGUGCCUCCUGUGAGUCGCAGAACUGAGCGAAUCGCUCCGUUUCCCUCUGGACUCUCCUCUCCCCUCAUGUUGUUGCUUCAUCUGAACUCUGAGAGCAGAACCAUCAGUGACUUAGUGUCGGUUCCGUCUGCUGACUUCUCUCUGUGACUGUGUGUGUUGGUUUACCCAGUUAACUGGCCUUCGUCAAAUGAAACUUGCCUACUAAAAACUCGUCGCUUUAUUACCUGUAUAGAUACGAUUUUAUUUAUUGUCUUUUUAAUAUCCUCUGCAUUCAUUGUGCCGCCAUGUUUUCAUGCCUAAGCCAUUAAGAUUUUUAAUUAAACUGUAUUUUUCUUUAA